CCUGCAGCAGAAACAAACCUGGACGAUGUCUCUAACUGUGAUCGGAUUUCUUCUCAUCUUGCUUCCAUACCAAGUUAAGAGUGUGACGUUUCAGCGGUCUCAUGCAAGAAUAGUCAACAAAACAUCCAGGGUAGAAAUUGAAUGCAGUCAUAAUGAUAACAGCAUGUAUACAAUGCUCUGGUACCAGCAAACAGAUAGUGGUCUGAUUAAUUUAAUUGGAUACAGCUACACUGGCGGUGAGCCCAAAUAUGAGCAGGAGUUUAAAGAUCGGUUUAACAUUACACGAAAGGACAUCCAAACAGGAGCUCUGAUCAUUCCCAGUGUCAAUCUAGCAGACUCUGCUGUGUAUUUCUGCGCCGCCAGUACACAUAAUAAUCGCGAAGCCUAUUUCGGCCAGGGAACUAAACUGACUGUUCUGGAUCCAGCCCUUAAAAUCACUCCACCAACAGUUACAGUGCUUCCACCUUCAGAAAAUGAGUGUCAAAAGCAGAAAGACGAUUCGAGGAAGAAGACCCUUGUUUGUGUGGCCAGUGGAUUCUACCCAGACCAUGUUACUGUUGAAUGGAAGGUCAACGGGGAUAAGGUCACCAACGGUGUGGCGACUGAUAACGAUGCCCUGCAGGUAGAAGACAAGUCUUACAGAAUCACCAGCAGGCUGAGUGUCUCUGUAGAAGACUGGUUCACACCCGGCAAAAGUUUCACCUGCAUCGUCAAAUUCUUCAAUGGAAAGGAAACAAUCAGUCAUAAAGCUACAGUUCUGGGUGUUGAAGCUAAAGGUGAAGGCGGCAUGACAAGAGAGUAUUAUCUGAAGAUCUCACAGACGGCCAAACUCUCCUACGCUCUUCUAAUCAUCAAGAGCAGCCUCUAUGGAGCCUUUGUGGUCUUUCUGGUGUGGAAGCUUCAGCGGUCAACUGGAAAACGGAGCAACUGAGAGCUGAGGCCUGAACAAAUGAAAUCUAUGUGGAACAGUGUUGAAUCCUGUAAAUAAAAAAAAAAAAAAAAAAAAAAAAACAUUUGUGCAUGUGGAUGUGCAUUUGUAUUGUGCUAAACUAGAUUGAGAGCUCUAUGCAUAUUCUUGUAAUCUCAAAGCUACUGUAUAUCUGGCAUGCAAAUACUUUGGAAUCAUAUUUUUAGAAAUACUUAAUUCUGUGUGCUUGUGCUGAUUGGAUUAAUUUUUUUACUCUUAAUAAAAGCAUUUCAGAGAA